UCGAUCAUCAUCAUCGUUGGAAAUUAAUGAUUAUAAUGAUGAUGAUGAUCAAACAACGACAACAACGACGACUACUACAACGAUUGAACCAGAUUUAAUGAAUGAUGAAAAAUUAUGUUUGUUUGAUACGACGACGACAACAACAGCAACAAAAUCCGAUAAACAAUAUGGAUCAUCAAAUAAUUCGAUUGCAAUCAAUUGUCGUAUGCAAAUAUUCAAAAAAAUUUCAUCAUCACAAUCAUUGAUUGAUAAUCAAAAGAUUUUAGCCAGUUUUUUGCAAAAAAAUAAUAAUCCAGAUAAUAAUUAUCAUAAUCAUCGUCGUUUUACAUCCACAUUAUCAUCAAUCAUUACUGGACCAUCAGCGCCGCCGCCUACAUCAUCGUCAUCGACAAAUUUUACAGAUCUAUCCAAUAAAGUUAUUUCACCACUUUCACUUAAUGUAAAAACAUCACCAAAUGGUGAAAUAACCGUUAUAAAUGGUAAAACUGUAACAUCCAUACAUUAUGAUCAUGAUUUUCAACAUAAUCAUCAAUCACCACCGCCAUCAUUACAAUCAAUAUCAUCACAUUCAUCAUUACCAUUGAUUGCUGCUGCAUCAUCAUCAUCGCCAUCA